AUGCAUUUUCCUAUUAGCAUUAAUCAUAUUGAGUUGCUUAAUAGACUGAACUACAACAAGUGGAAGAGUGAUAUAGAAUUGAAUCUGGCGAUCUUGGACUUUGAUCAUGUGUUGAGGGAGGAACCACCUACAGAAUUGGCCGCAAAUGAAAGCAAAGAAGCAAAAGACAAGUAUGGUCAGUGGCAUAGGCACAAUAGAAUGGCAUUGAUUUGCAUGAAAAAGAGUAUCACAGAUGCUGUUAAAGGAGGAAUUCCUGAUUCUGAGUAUGCUAGAGUUUAUUUUAACUCUAUUGCUGAGAAGAACAAGGUGUCUGACAAAGCAGAAACAGGGAAUUUGAUGAACAAGCUUAUUAGGAUGAAGUUCAAUGGCCAAGGGAGCAUCAGAGAGUACAUAAUGAAGGGGAUAGACAUCGUUGGAAAGCUGAAAGCUCUGAACAUGAUCAUUGAGGACUCCUUUCUAGUACACCUACUGCUCAACACACUGCUAGAUCAAUACAGCCACCGCAAGAGAGGAAGAAGAGAUAAUUAA